AUGAACGGCGAAGACCCCCAAGAGCGGCCGGAGCAGAUCCGCAGCAUAAUUAACGGGCUCGAGCGGUACAACCCACAGGCGGCCGAGGUCCUCGAGGCCUAUCUACAGCAGCAAUGUGAGGAGAAGUUCUGCGACUCGAAUGCCAACCGGGCGCUGCUCAAGCUCUACCAGCUCAACCCGGACCGGAUCAAGGAUGAAGUGAUCACCAACAUCCUGGUCAAGGCCAUGACACAAUUCCCCUCCCCCCAGUUCGACCUCUCCCUCCACCUGCUGUCCCCGUCACACUCCAACCCGGGGCCCAACUCGACAUCGGACCUCGCCGAGGCCGUGUCGAAGCUGCGGGCGCUCAACGCGCAGCUCGAGGGGGCGCAGUACGCGCGCUUCUGGGCGACGCUCGACAGCGACGACAUCUACGCGGACCUGACGACCGACAUCGCCGGGUUCGAGGAGAUGAUCCGGGUGCGCAUCUCCCAGCUGCUCGGCCAGGCGUACCGUGAGGUGCAGCCCAGCGUGCUCGAGGGCUACCUGGGGCUGGACAGCGAGGAGGAGGCCACCAAGUUCGUCGUCGAGACGUGCGGCUGGAAGGUCGGCGAGGACGGUGUCGUGCAGGUUCCCAAGAACGCCGACAACGAGGCUAAGAAGACGGAGAUCCGCGAGGACGUGUCGGUUGAUAUGUUCAGCCGGGUCAUCAAGCGGUCGUGGGAGGACAGCGCGUAG